AUGUAUAGAUAUGGACCUUGUCCAAGAUGUGGUGAUACAUUUGCAACAAACCAAAAAUUCAAGUAUCAUUUAACUGAAAGAAAGCACCCUUGUGCAUCUUGGAGUAUAUUACAAACAACUGUUCAAAUUUCUAGCUCUAAACCCUUGUCUAAUUCAGAUUCGCAACUUCAAGUAGUAAAAGAUUCCAAUGCUAGAAAAUCAGAUCAGCCCAAAAAUUUAGCAGAAUGCAAAGCUCUUUAUGACGAGUUAUUGCAAAUGAAUGAAAAGUUGGAAACUCGAGACUAUGUCUCUCCUGAAGCUGGUCCAGAAGAAGAAAUCAAUGAAACUAUAAAAUUGGCAGUAGAUGCUUAUAGAGCAUUUGAAAAUGAAGAUGAAGCUAUACAGGGGCUAUUUUUACAAUGUCUAUAUUGUAAUUAUUUAGAAAAAGAAAUCAAUAAAACUAUAAAAUUGGCA